CCAAGCAGAAGACUACGCUCCUUGCCAACGAUGAAUCAUGUGCCCACUCGCCUUAGGUAUGUCCCGGAGGUCUUUGAACGGGGAAGUGACGGAGGGCAGGUAAAUAUGACGAAGAUAUAUAUUUAUGAAAGCUAGUGAUGUAUGUUGGAGGUGUGUAGAGGAAGUAAUGCUGGGAAAGAAGGUCAGGAGAAGUGGUGAGCAAUUCAUGUAGCACUCAGUCAGGAUAAGAAAUUUAAUAAUACUACGGAACUGAAAAUGAGGUGGAAAGAGAACGUAAUGAGUGAGAUAAUUGCAAGUCUUUAUGGGAGUUAUAAAGUCGAUGAUUACAGGUUAAAACGUAUAAAGUUGAAAAAAGACCGUGAAGCAAAAUUAAUACGCAGAAAAACAUUAUUAUUAUUAUUAGUAGUAGUAGUAGUAAUAGUAGUAUUCAUUGGUGGAUCCAAGGGGGGUGGGACCUAGGGGGCCCGGGCUCCCCCCAUGGUCCUGAGCGGAUACAGGAACACCAGCUCAAAAGCGCGCUGCGGCUGUAACAGUGCUUUUUCUCAGAGGAAUCGGCCGCCUCAUUCGGAUCCGAAGAGGAACACUGGCCGCCCAGGAAUGCUUUGGCACCAAGACCAGUCGUUACGCCCAUUGAUUCAGGUCAGUCCACCAGUUAUUCAGGAGCAGGACUGCCGAGAAUGGCGAAUCGGUAAUGCUAAUGCCCUCCCCCAAAAAAUUUAUUCCUGGAUCCGCGCCUGGCUUACAUGAAAGGCUACGGUGGGUUUUCAUGAGGAUGCCUUGCUCUUUUCUGUAGCUUUUUCUUUUAUCUUUUUCUUUCCUUUCUAAACCCAUCAUGACUGUCCUCCCUCCAGCUGAUCUGGCACCCCUGGGGGCAGAGAUGCCUGGCAUGGUGUGUCGGCUCCCCCAUGUUGACCGUUUAUUCCGACAUUUAUAAACAUAUUUUAUGACUUUUCAUUGUAAGCUCUCUUCUGUAAAUAUUAUUGGUUUCUUUCUUUAUUUUACAUCUUACAUAGUGCAAAAUAAAUGACAAUUAUGUCGAUGAACGGGCCGCGGCCGCCGAUGGGGGAAACAUUAUUGGUGUUGCUGUUUUUGUUAAACUCUACUUUGUAAACAUCGUUGCUGCUUUUAUUAAGUUUAUUUUUUUAUAACGUUGCCUUUGCAUUACUUUUACUUUUAUUAUCUGGUGACAUUGAGCCCGUUCAAUAUUCUGGGGGUGACCUUUGAUAGCAAGUUGACCUUUGAAGAACAUAUUCGUUCCAUAUCUUCCCCAGUUGUACAGAAAAUUGGUUUUCUGAGGAAGUCUUUUACGAUUUUUGGUGAUAAAUCUGUUAUGAUGAAUUACUUUAACUCUUUUAUACUUCCUAGUCUGGAGUAUUGCUCCCCAGUUUGGUCAUCAGCUGCAGACUCUCAUCUUAGAUUAUUGGAUAAAAACUUGCGUGCAGUUAAUUUCUUAUUCCUGACUUAAGCACUGGCUUGUGGCGCAGACUAUAUAAAAUUUAUCAUAAUGUCAAUCACCAUUUGCACGGGACUACCUGGCUCAUUUGUUCCUGCACGCAUUACCAGGAAUGCAGCCAGUGACAGUAGUUGUGGAUUUUCUCUUGUUAUAUUUAACACAAACCAAUAUUCAAGAUGUUUUAUUCCAUCCACCAUUAACAAGUGGAACGAAUUGCCUAGCCAUGUUGUUGAAUCUGUAGAGCUUCGGAAGUUUAAGCUGGGCGCAAAUAAAUCUUUAUUACGUUGACUUUGAAGCUUAAUUUCUAAUCGUUUUAAUGAAUUACUGCCAGUAUAACAAUACUUGAGUCGUUGUGUUUCAUAUAGUUUUACUUUCUUUUAUCUCUUUCCUUUUCCUUACCAAGUUGCUUCCCCUGAUGGAGCCAUCUGGUUUAUAGUCUUCGACUGUUUCCGGCAGGGUUUGUUUCUUGGUUUACAAUAAUAAUAAUAAUUAUAAUCAAGGAUUCUAGAGUGUCUUCUCUAGACUCCUUGGCCACUAUCAUACUCCGCAAUGUACUUGUGCGAGACUGCAAGCUUUGUGCGCGUGGUGAAGGGCCUUCUGCCCGCUGAGGGGGAGCUGGAGGCGCCGACCACGGCCUUCCCCUUCCUGAAGCUGUUCCGGCGAUAUAGCACCAACAGGGUGAGCUUGCCCCAGCACCUGGCUGACGGCAACCACGAGAAGGAGGAAACAUUUGUGAACAACAAUACAGUACAGAAGGCAGAGGAGGAGGAGGAGGAGGAGAAGGUGAACCUGAAGGAACAAGACGAGCUGUCUUGGUUCCCCGAGUUGCAAGAACUGGAGAAAACACUGGACCCAUCUAGGGACGGGGAGCAACUCACACAGCAGCAGGAGGAGGAGGAGGAGGAGGCAGUGAGCCUCAAGGAACAAAACGAGUUGUCUUUGUUCCUCGAGCUGGGAGAACUAGUGAAAAGACAGGAGGAGGAACUGAAGCAGUCAGGGGACGGGGAGCAUAUCAAACAGAAGGAGGAGGAGGAGGAAAGAGCGUGCCGCAAAGAGCAGGGCGAGUUAUCAUCGUUCCUCGAACUGAUGGAACUUGUGAAGAGACAAGAGGAGAUGCUGAAGCAACCUAAUGACGGGGAGCAAAUCAAAGAGAAGGAGAAGUAUGAGAAGAACAUGGAGGAGGAGGAGGAGAAGGAGGAGGAGGAGGAGGGAGUAAACCUCAAUGAACAAGACGGGUUGUCUUUGUUCCUCGAGCUGCAGGAACUUGUGAAGAGACAAGAGGCGAUGCUGAAGACACCUAAGGACGAGGAACAAAUAAAAGAGGAGAAAGACAAUAACAUAGAAGAGGAGGAGGAGGAGGAGGGAGGGAGCCCCAAGGAACAAGACGAGCUGACUUUGUUCCUGGAGCUGCAGGAGAUGGUAAAGGCGCAGGAACAAGCACUAGAACAGCUGAAGGGUGUGGAGGUCACCAAACAGAAGUCCCGCAAGAGAGUGACGUUCUCCCUGGACAACGUGGACUUCCCCGUCAAGGAGCGGGAGCUGUACAAUGGGCGGGAGUACUUCAAGUGCCGCCGCCGCCUCCUGACGCUGCGCCCCGAGUUGGGCCGUGAAGAACUGGCCGCCCCGCCCCGCCGCCCAUCCCGCAUCCCUGUGCCCCGCCCCGCCAGGACGGCCUCGGCGAGGAACCCAGUCCAGCCUCCCCUCCAUGAACAAGUCCACACCCUCAUAACCACCCCGCCCCGCCGCCCAUCCCGCAUUCCCGUGCCCCGCCCCGCCAGGACUACCUCGGCGAGGAACCCAACCCAACCUCCCCUCCAUAACCCACUCCACACCCUCAGAACCAUCAACAAUCGUCCUCGCCCCGCAUUCCCAUCCCCUGACACACACACGCCCACGCCUCGUCCGCAAACCAAGACUAACACCCCGCCCUCCACCCUCCCGUCCCCCCCCACCCCUUCUGCUCUCAGCGAAGAGUAAGGUGUUCAGCAGACAAGGGGCUGCUGCAGGAUUUCUCUUACUAUUAUCAUUA